AUGACCAGUGCUAACCACCUCCUCUCGCUACCCAACAACACGCACCGGCAUUGGUGGAGGGACAAGUCUCUGCGGCAGAAUGUCUUGCACUGUGCCGGGUGCUGUCUCUGUGUCUUCUACCUGGGCUACGAUCAAGCACUGCUCGCAGCGCUACAGGCGAUCCCCGAGUGGAACGCAUACUUUGAUACGCCAACGGGCACGAAGCUGGGCCUGAUUGCGUCGUCAUUGUACUUCCCCGGCUUGAUCGCAUCCUUCUUCGGCUCCUGGGUCUCGAUGCGGUACGGCCGCAAGCCAACCGUUGGCAUUGGGUCUGCCCUCAUCAUCAUCGGGACCAUCGUGAACGCCCUCGCCAAGAACACGGGCGUGUUCUGCGGCGGCCGUGUGCUUAUUGGAGCCGGCGGUGCCAUCACAAAGCUGUUCGCGCCUGUCCUCGUCAUCGCGAUCACGUCUACGGGCCCCGAGUCUCCGCGUUUCCUCAUCAACAAGGGGCGCAACGAGCAAGCCCUCGGCGUGCUUGCCAAGUACCAUGCGAACGGCAAGGUGGACGACCCCCUCGUGCAGGCCGAGUAUGGCGAAAUUUGCGCCGCGCUCGAGGCAGAGGGCGAGGAGCACAAGUCAGCAUGGACCGAUCUCGUGCUCACCAAGGGUAACCGCCGCCGCAUCGUCAUGGCCAUUCUCAUGGCGUGCGGAACCAACUGGACCGGAUCCGGACUCCUCGGUUACUACCUCACGCCCAUCCUCGCAAGUGUCGGCAUCAAGGAUCCGAAGCAGACGACGUCCCUGAACGGUGAACCGUAUCUCGCGCCGGGUUUCCUUCUUCAUCUAACGCGAAGGCGACGUCCGAGUCUUUCCGUGAGGGUGGGUGGUUUGACACGGGCGACAUUGCCUUCGCUCACCAAGGGUAACCGCCGCCGCAUCGUCAUGGCCAUUCUCAUGGCGUGCGGAACCAACUGGACCGGAUCCGGACUCCUCGGUUACUACCUCACGCCCAUCCUCGCAAGUGUCGGCAUCAAGGAUCCGAAGCAGACGACGUCCCUGAACGGUGGGCUCGCGCUCUGGAACUUGCUCUCGUGCGAGCUCGCCGCGACGCAGGUGAACCGUAUCUCGCGCCGGGUUUCCUUCUUCAUCUCGGGCAUCGGCAUGAUCAGUGCCAUCGCCAUCGUGACAGGCAUGUCGGCGACAUUCGCGGCCGGCAAGCAGAGCUUUGGUAUUCCGACCGUGCCGUUCAUCUUCAUCUUCUUCUUCUUCUACGAUAUUGCUUGGAUGGCCCUUCCCUUCCACUACUGCACUGAAAUCAUGCCCUUCCACCUUCGCACAAAGGGACUGGCCAUCUUUACAGCCGUGCAGACAUUUGCAAACGGAUUCAACCAGUUCGUCAACCCCAUUGCGUUCAAGGCCAUCGCCUGGAAGUACUACAUCCUGUACAUUGCCAUCAACGCGGCGUUCCUCGUGUACUUCUACUUCUUCCUCAUCGACUCGCGCGGCAUGAGUCUCGAGGAGAUCACACUCCUGUUCGACUAUCCACGCAAGCAGGCGAGGCAGCGCGCUGCCGAGGACAUGCACGCCCGUGUCCAGGCACGUAUCGAGGAGAAGACACGUGUCGAAUCGGAGAAGGACUCGGAGAAGGGCGACAUCGUCAUGGUCGAGGACGUUGCGGAGCUUGGAAGGGACAGCGGCAAGUCGGUUGUCUGA